UAAACCGCCGGAGGUUCGUCCGGACUGACCGCGUCUCUUCUCCUCCUUUUUCCGCAGGAGCUUCGUCACCGCGGCAUCACGGCAGCGCGGAGUCCGACUGUCCGCCUCCCCUCCCGGCCUGACGGGCCGCGCUGCGCCGCUGACACCCAGGACACGGAGCCGGACCGCGAGUGACGGAUGGAUGUGAGUCCGGGGCUGAGCAGCGGACCGGCAGCCCGGACCCGGAGCACCGGCAGCGGGGACCAGUGAACUCCCUCCCGGUGUGAGGAUUCUGACGCACCGACGCCUUUUAUUUAUUUAUUUUCCUUGGAUUUGAGUCUUUUUCCACAAUGUCACCAUCAAGGAGAAGCCACCUGCUCCUCUGACCGCCCUCCUCGUCCCCCCCCCCCCCCCAGUAUGAAGAGCAGCGGAACCGGCCGCCUCCGGCGCGUCUGACCGGGGCUCCCGGAGGACAGCGGGCUGCGGUGGAUGCGAACCGGUCACCGGGCCGGAACCCGGGCAGAAGGACGGACGCCGGCCGGAGAGGAGCAGCAGCAGCAGCGGCGGCCGGAGGAGGAGGAGGCGGCGGGAGGAGGAGCAGCGGGGAGCCGGACUGAGGAGCUCAUCCCCGGGGAGAGAAGCAGCGGCGGCGGCGGCUAGAGGAGGAUGUGAAGAUGGGAUUCCGGUUCGGGCUCCUGUGGCUGUUCACCGGCGGCUUCCUGCAGGGGGUGACCGGACAGGGCGUGUACGCGCCCCCUACAGUCCGCAUCGUCCACUCAGGUCAGGCCUGUAACGUGGAGGAGGAGAAAUACUCCGAGAGAGUUUACACCAUCAGAGAAGGAGAAACUCUGGAGCUGCAGUGUCUGGUGACGGGACAUCCACGACCACAGAUUCGCUGGACUAAGACAGCGGGUGGAGCCUCAGAUCGUCAGGGCGACCAGGCUCCACACAACGACACUCUGAAGAUCCAGACCAUCAACCGCCACCAGGGGGGGCGCUAUUACUGCAAAGCAGAGAACGGACUGGGGUCGCCAGCAAUUAAGUCCAUACGGGUGGACGUGUACUACCUGGACGACCCGGUCAUCACCGUUCACCAGAGUGUGGGUGAAUCUAAAGAACAGUUCUACUUUGAGCGGACGGUGUUCCUUCGUUGCGUGGCUAACUCCAACCCUCCAGUCCACUACACCUGGAAAAGGGGGCGGGAGGUCCUGAACCAGGCGGACUCUGGGGUGGAGAUCUAUGAACCCUUCUUCACACAGGGCGAGACCAAGAUCCUGAAGCUAAAGAACCUGCGUCCUCAGGAUUACUCCGACUACACCUGCGUGGCGUCUGUCAGGAGCGUCUGCGCCAUCGACGACAAGAGCGCGCACUUCAGCCUCAGCAACCGCACAGCCCCUCCCUCCAUUAAGCUCCUCCUUGAUGACCCCCUGGUGGUGAACCCUGGUGAAACGGUUUCGUUGGUCUGCGUGGCGUCGGGCGGAGACCCUCCUCCCACUCUGAUGUGGAUCAGACCAGAGGGAGAGGAGCUUCCUAAGAGGAGCGUAGUGAACCGCGGUACGUUAACCAUCCCCGCUGUCACCGUGGACGACGGCGGCGUUUACAGCUGUGUGGCCUCCAACAACGUGGGAAACUCAGCCAAGAAGUCCACCACAGUACUAGUCCGAGGUCUCCGUAAAGGUCGCUUCUGGAUCACCCCUGACCCGUACCACAACGACGACAACAUCCAGAUCGGCCGCGAGGUGAAGAUCAGCUGCCAGGUGGAGGCCACGCCCCCUGAGGAGUUGGCGUUUGGUUGGCUGAAGAAUGGGCGGCCGCUGCGGAGCUCUGAGCGAAUGGUCAUCACCCACACCGACACCGACGUGACCCCGGGGACCACCAACCUCGACAUCAUUGACCUCAAGUUCACCGACUUCGGCACCUACACCUGCGUGGCGUCAUUGAGGAAUGGAGGCUCGCCUGAGAUCAGCAUCGAUGUCAACAUCUCCUCCACCACAGUUCCUCCAGAACUGACCGUCCCUCGGGGGCGGUCCCACCUGGUGGCUCAGGAGGGCGACACUGUGGACCUGCAGUGCUUGGUGUCGGGAAAACCCAAACCCAUCAUCCUGUGGUCGCGUGUGGAGGAGGGCGGGGGCGCGGCCGCUACUGGCCACACCCCCAUGCCCGACGGCUCCGCCCAGAUGGAAAGUUACGACGGCGUCCUGAGGAUCAGCAACGUAACCCGAGACAUGGGCGGGACCUACCGCUGUCAGACGAGCCAAUACAACGGGUUCAACGUGAAGCCGCGGGAGGCGCUGAUCCAGCUGGUGGUGCAGUUCCCGCCCACUGUGGAACCGGUCUACACGGAGAUCCGCCAGGCUUUGGGGCGGGCCUUCAGCCUGACAUGCCGCCUCCUUCGCGCUCAUCCGGCCCGCCUCCUUCGCUAUGAGUGGAAGCUGGGGUCCCGCCUCCUCACCGUCGGACAGUUCGGCGAGCAGAAAGAUGACACCAACUAUCACGUGCGAGCGCUGAACCGGGAGGGCUACGGCGAGUACACCUGCGACAUCACCAACGAGGCCGGCGCCGGUCGCUGCACGUUCCUGGUCACAGGUAAGGCCUAUGCUCCAGAGUUCUACUAUGACACCUAUGGCGCCCUGUGGCAGAACCGACCCAGAGUCUAUGGAUUCAAACUCCAGUGGACCCAGAUGGAACCCAAUGCUGUGGACCGGAUUGUGGCUUACAGACUAGGCAUCAGACAGGUGGGUCUGACCCGUUGGUGGGAGCAGGAGAUCACCAUGGACAGAACCAUCCAGAAGGGGGAGCUGUUGACCUAUAACCUGACAGAACUGGUCAAACCGGAGUCUUACCUGGUCCGACUGACACCCAUCACACACUACGGCGAAGGCGACACCACUGAACGCAUCAUCACCUACAGCGCUCCUGUGAACCCACAUCUCAGGGAGUUCCAGUGUGGUUUCGAGGACGAGGCCUUGUGUUUGUUCUCUCAGGACAAAACCGAAGAAUUUGACUGGACACGACACAGCGCCGCCACACGGGACACAAAGUACACGCCCAACACGGGACCGAGCUCCGACCACGCUGGAUCCAAACAGGGUUUCUACAUGUACAUCGAGACGUCAAGGCCCAGGUUGGAGGGCGAUAAAGCUCGUCUUCUGUCGCCAACGUUCAACAUGAACACGAAGACGUCGUCGUUGCCCGGAGGCGUCGCUCCAACCUACUGCGUCUCUUUUUACUACCACAUGUACGGGAAACACAUUGGAGCGCUCAAUGUGUUCCUGCGACAGAAAGGUUCCAUCGUGACCGACACCUCCAUCUGGAGUCUGAGCGGUAACCAAGGCAACCGCUGGAGGCAAGCCAAGGUCAACAUCCACCCGACUGCCGCUUUCGCUGAUUCCUCUGUUUUCCAUCAGAUGGUGCUGGAGGGUGUCCGGUGGGUCCGGCAUCGAGGAGACAUCGCAAUCGACGAUAUCGCCAUCGAGGAGGGCGAAUGUAAAGACCCCCCCCCAAGAAUCUAAGGAAUCAGGCCCCGCCCUCAUCAUCCCAUAUAUGGCAGCUGUGUGUCACUCUGAGUCUGGUUCUGAUUGGCCUGCGGAGGUGACGCCCAUUCU